AUGUCCAACAUGUUUCUGAGGCGACUUCUCGGGAAUAAUGAGUACAGAUUCCGACUGAAAACAAGGGCUGAGGAGAUCUGUAGACAAGAUAUUGGCAGAGCACCAAUUGGAAACCCCAAUUUCACAUUUCCCAUUGCAGAGAAGGAUCUGGCGUUUCUUAAAUUGAAAGCGCCAGUGGUUUUAUUUAUAUUAGACAGACGAAUGACCAAGACAGACAGGUCGCUGGGACUUUCACGAGUACUUCCUAAACUGUUUUUGCAGUCCAUGUCAGGAGACUUGAAUUCGUGUCUCAGCACUGUGCAUUUCAUAAAGCUUUGUGAGAGAGUGAGUCACAACCGACUAGAACAGUUUUUUGAUCAGUGGGUGUUUGGUUCAGGAUAUCCUAUUUUCCGAGUUACUCAACGAUUUAAUAAAAAGAGAAUGAUUGUGGAAAUGGGUAUUCGACAGGUGCAAGCAACUGAAUUGGACAGUGAAAAAGUCGAUGCCGGGACGUUUCUGGAUGAUGCCAGUAAAAGUGUAGAUAGGGAUAAAGAUGUUAGUAGUGGUGCAGAUGGUGCUAAUGGAUUUGGAAACGACAUUGGAACGGGAUUAGGAGGUGUUGCUCCUGGGUUCGGAGGUAUUGGUGGCAUUGCUAAUGGUCUCGGUGGAAACACUGGUGUCGUUGGUGGUGUUGGUGGUGGUGGUAUGGGUGGUCCUGGAGCUAAUGGAGUAUAUCCGAUUCAACCUAUUUUCACUGGACCAAUGACAAUUCGAAUUCACGAGGCAGAUGGAACCCCGUAUGAGCAUGUGGUGGAUCUUAAAGACAGUUUCACGAAACUGGAUAUUCAGUACAAUACCAAGUAUAAACGACUACGGCGGAACCAGCGUGGUACAACGAAUACCAGCGCCAAGUCACAGCACGACGUUAUUGACUUUAACGCGAUUCAGGACGAUGACGAGAAUCCUGGCAGUGGAGUGUUGCUUCACUGUCUAGGGGACGUGCUGCAAUCUGAUAAAGACAUGCAAGAAUGGAGGCUCAGCGACUGGGGGAAAGACGAGGAGGAGCGAAUGUAUAAUGAAGCAUUCGAAUGGAUGAGAGUGGACUCUGAUUUCGAAUGGAUUUGUAAAAUCUACAUCAACCAGCCGGAUUAUAUGUACGUUUCACAGCUGCAACAAGACAGAGAUGUUAUAGCGCAGUGUGAAGCAGUGAGCUUUUUUCGGGACCUCAAACCCAGUAAACUAUACUCGACGUUUCUAGUUCGCACGUUGAUGGAUCGCAGAUAUUAUUAUGGCAUUCGAGUGCAAGCGGCGUUGGCACUCGUCAAAAUGGCAGUGGAAGAAGUCGAUUAUAUCGGAAAAUACCACCUGUUAAAGGCGUUUCAAGAGCUGUUCUGUUUUGAAGGUUCGAACAUUCCAGCUGCUAAUAAUUUUUCAGACUUCCCCACAUACUUUGUACAAAAGGCUCUACUUCGAGCUCUUUCGCAAGUAACCGAUUCCAGAGGUAACUCGCCAAUCGAUGUACAACGCUUUUUACUAGACGUGCUUCGAUAUAACGAGAACUCGACCAAUCCGUUCUCAGACUGUUUCUAUGUCUCCGAACUGAUUGGUGCUAUUGUGGAUUCGAUCAAAGGAGGAGACAACCGAGUGGGUUCGAGACGACCGAGAUCGGAUCCCGAAUCUAAACAGCUGCUCAAACAAGCCGUUGCAGAAAUUGAACGGUGUGAACGAAUGGACAGAUGGAUCCCUUCAUUUCAAAACAUGAUCACUGUCAAAGUCAUCAACGAGAAAAGACGACUGGCAUGGCACGGACUUAUCAAUGUUAACCCUGCCGAACUAAUACAUUAUACGCGACCUGGUAACAAUCCCGACGUGAGACUUGCUGCAUUCAAGAGUCUCAUGAGUUUAGGGGGAUUGAAAAUGGGUUCAAUAGUCGAGUAUCUUGUAUAUGUGAUAAUCCACGAGCCGUCAGCACGAGUUCAAAACGGGCUAAUCGAUCUUAUUGGCCAGGUUAUCAGCGAGAUAGCUGUGAAUGGCGAGGCCAAGAAUACCAUUGAUGGCACUGAUUCUAGCAAACAGAUUGAAUCUGCUACAGAAGCCGAGGAAGAAGCUGGUGGAUUGACCAUUGUCGAGUCUGGCGUACUAUCAGCACGAAAAGAUGCCCUUGCCAGAACGACACUCACUGGCGCAAUUGAAAUGCUACGUAAGACGUUUGAACCUAGCAAAGAUACCACCACCAACACCAAACCUGCCAACCAGGAUGGGCAAUCCAAUGCGUUUGCCAAUGGUAUCUGGCAAUUGCUACUCAGUACAGAUGUUGCCAGUAUCCUCGAGAAGAAACGACUGCUGCAAAUCUGUAGUGUUCUGUACGAAUCACUCAACAGCUACAUUGUGUCACUGCCCAUUCCACGAGCCAGUAGAUUAGUGGCUAAACGAGUUGGCGACAGCCAGAUUGUUAUAAAGCGAGAAGACCGACACAAACCCAAGAAAAUCGUUCUUGCUACUGGCAGUGGAAGUGCGACUCCACACGUUCAAGCAUCCACAACACCCUCUGCUGCCGCAUCUUCUCCCUCUAUUACCACACCCAGUACUGCUAUCACUGUCAAUGGAGGUGGAAACACCAGCUCACAUGUUCCAGCCGUAACCGCAAUAAAACCCACGCCGACGACCACAGCACCUCCAGUGGUCAAAAGACAGUACAAAAAGAAGUCACUCGCAUCAUCUGACUCAUCCGUUUCAGCAACAGGACCAUUAGCAUCAUCAGACGCGACUCCAUCCACUGCACCAGCUGUUAUCACGAAACCGAAGUCGGAAAUCAUCAAACUCGGACUCAGUAAGCCCGGCCGACCGGUGACAUCAUCAACCAAAACCAGUAAAAACGGCCAGUCUGUGAUAUUCAAGUUCAAAAUCCCGCCACAUGCCACACAACUCCAAGCAGCAGCAGCGUCUGCUGCCAUGCCAUACGUGCCCAUCACGAACCUCGAACCGGCCACCCAAAACGGCCACAACCCACCUGCCAGCAAACCCACGAAACCAAAAGUGACUAUCAAAUUCAAAAUGUAA